CGGGGGAGAACGACUAGGACAGGAACGGAAGUAAAUACAAAAUAUAAAAAAUAAGGUGUGUGUGGAAGGGGAAGGCAAAGGUGGAUGAAAAAUGGGUCGUCGAUAGGAGUGUGAUGUUCCCCAAGAAAGGUGACUCCCAGGGACUGGACAGAUUUGAGUAUCUGCAGGCUCUGGUCACAGAGUUCCAGGAUACUGACAGCAUUGAAGCCAAGACACAAGUAUUGGCAAACUUGGCCAACUUCUCCUAUGACCCCAGCAACUAUGAGGCCCUUCGCAAGCUUCAGGUGAUCGACCUGUUUUUGGACAUGCUCACAGAGGACAACGAGAGCCUGGUGGAGUUCGGAAUAGGGGGUCUGUGUAACCUGAGCCUGGACAAAACCAACAAGGAAUACAUCCUGCAGAACGAUGGUGUGAAGCUGGUGAUUGGGUGCCUGUCCAGCCCCAAUGAGGAGACAGUGCUGUCUGCCAUCACCACUCUGAUGUACCUGAUGACUCCUGCCUCCCGCGAGGAGAUCACCGAUACCCCCGUGGUGGAGUGCAUGCUGCGCUUCUCCCUGUCUACAAACCGGAGAUUAAGCAAUCUGGCUUCCGUCUUCCUGCAGGACUACUGCACUGUGGAGAAGGUGCAGAGAGCCCAGAGCCUCCAGGGACACUCUGCUGUGGGCAUCCCACUGCCUCAGGAUUAGAUCUGCUCUGCUCCUAGUGAUGCCACUGUCUUCUGGUUUUUGUUCUAGCCCAACUCUAAUUGAACUAAUAAUUUGCAUAUUUGGAUAUACCAUCUAAACUCCUUACAGUUCAUUCCUCUCCUAACUGUCUCCCUGCCCUCUUCAUCUGACUGCUGCUGCCCCUGAAGAAUGUCUGUCAAGCCAGGUGUGUCCAAUUUACUCCAGUUAAGGAAAAGAAACUAAGCCUCACCUUGUUCCAUCACAUUGUAGAAGGUCUUGCACACGAGGAGAUGAGGAGAAGUGGAGAGGAUUAUAAAGAAAAGAGACUGAAGAUAUGUGGGAGUACAAUGGUUGAGGUACGGUAGCAGUGUGAGAUUUGGUGCUUCAAAUUGGACACAAUGCAGCAGAGAGCCAGCAGAGGGUUGGGACCAGUGAAGCAACGUGAGAAAAGCAAAGAAGAGCAAGCGCACAGAGCAGCCCCAGCAUUCUGGAUGAGUGGGAAUUGGUAGAUACAUUUAGCAGGGACUCUGGCCAAGAACUACUAAAAUAGUGUGAUGAACACAGGAUCACUGUAAAUCUGUCAAUAGCACUUUUCUCUAUAACACUUCACACUGAUGUGUUCAGUGCACAGUGUAAUGUCCAGUAGAGUGCAGCAUUGUCAUUGUUUUCCUUCAUAUCUGCAACCUCCAGUUAGAAUAUGCCUGUAUUGAUAGAACUGUUUCCAUAUUGUUUAAAUGGGUUUCUAAGUGUCCUAUACCAUGUUUAAGGAAACCUUUUUCUUUUAAGUGCUGUGUAUGUUUUAAAUGUUAUAUUUGUUUAUAUGCACUGUUAAUUAAUAGGCAUUUCCUGAUUGGUUUUGGGCCAUCUAGGGGGGAAGCCCAGGGCACUUAUCUUUCACCCUUCUUCAUUUUGUGGCUCUGCUGUGUAAGACAGUUGCAUGUUGAUCAAUUUAAUAGCUCCAGGACCCCCAGCAAGAAUAAGAAGAUUUAAGACACUUGCUGUAGGUGUACUUUCUCUCCUUUUUGAAUUGUAUUUAAAAAAUAAAUUUGAAGUCAUUUGUAUUCUUUUUCCUAA